AUGAAAGCCGCUCUGAUCGUAGUGGACAUGCAAGAGGAUUUCUGUCCGCCGAACGGUUCGCUCGCCGUCCAAGGUGCUCGAGACUUAGCUCCCACAAUAAAUUUACUCUUAGCACACCCCGGAUUUGCUGUUCGUGUUGCCUCUCAAGAUUAUCAUCCCGAAGACCACAUUUCGUUCGCGACCAACCAUCCACCGCCCAACAACUGUCCCUUCGAGAGUACCAUUACAAUGAACAAUCCAGCUUCGGGGAAAGAGACGGAGACCAAACAGCAGACACUCUGGCCCGUGCACUGCGUUCAACAAACACCAGGGGCUGACAUCAUCCCUGAGCUUCACACCACCAAUAUUGAACUAUUCGUACAAAAAGGCAUGGACCCGCGCGUUGAGAUGUACUCGGCCUUUGCAGAUGCUUUCGGAAACCAGGAUCCCACAAUAGUGUCUGUAACUGCCGAUCUGAGAGCUUUUUUAACUGAUAGGGGUGUGACGGAUGUUUUUGUUGUUGGGGUUGCGGGGGAUUUCUGCGUCAAACACACAGCCCUUGACGCCGCGAAAGCAGGGUUUCGGAGCCAUGUCGUGCAAGAUACGACCGCAUGUGUGGUGCCGUCUGGAUGGGAUGAAACGAUGCGAGAACUAAUUUCGGCUGGUGUAUUGAUUGUUCGAUCCGACGGGCCUGAGAUAGCUAGUCUUCCUUGA